UCCAUACCAUCAUCCAUCCUUCACACAACUACAGCACAAGCAUCAAAUCCAAGUACGUAGUAGUUAACGCAAAUCCACUAUGAAGACCUUACUCAUCCUAACAAUCCUUGCGAUGGCAAUAACCAUCGGCACCGCCAAUAUGCAGGUCGACCCUAGCAGCCAAGUACAAUGGCCACAACAACAACCAGUCCCACAGCCUCACCAACCAUUCUCCCAGCAACCACAACAAACAUUUCCCCAACCCCAACAAACAUUCCCCCAUCAACCACAACAACAAUUUCCCCAGCCUCAGCAACCACAACAACAAUUUCUCCAGCCCCAACAACCAUUCCCCCAACAACCACAACAACCAUAUCCCCAGCAACCACAACAACCAUUCCCCCAGACUCAACAACCCCAACAACUAUUUCCCCAGUCCCAGCAACCACAACAACAAUUUCCCCAGCCCCAACAACAAUUCCCGCAGCCCCAACAACCGCAACAAUCAUUCCCCCAACAACAACCACCGUUCAUUCAGCCAUCUCUACAACAACAGGUGAACCCAUGCAAGAAUUUCCUCUUGCAGCAAUGCAAACCUGUGUCAUUGGUGUCAUCCCUCUGGUCAAUGAUCUGGCCACAAAGCGAUUGCCAAGUGAUGCGGCAACAAUGCUGCCAACAACUAGCACAGAUUCCUCAGCAGCUCCAAUGUGCAGCCAUCCAUACCGUCAUACAUUCCAUCAUCAUGCAGCAAGAACAACAAGAACAACAACAAGGCAUGCAUAUCCUGCUGCCACUAUAUCAGCAGCAACAGGUGGGUCAAGGUACUCUCGUCCAGGGCCAGGGCAUCAUCCAACCCCAACAACCAGCUCAAUUGGAGGCGAUCAGGUCAUUGGUGUUGCAAACUCUUCCAACCAUGUGCAACGUGUAUGUCCCACCUGAGUGCUCCAUCAUCAAGGCACCAUUUUCCAGCAUAGUCGCCGGCAUUGGUGGCCAAUGAAAAAUGCAAGAGCCAUACUAAUAGGUAGAUGGAUCAUCGUUGCUUAGUUGAUUUUCCAAUCGAUGUAACGAUGAUAGAAUAAACUGGCGUGCACCAUCAUGUGUGACCCCGACCAGUGCUAGUUCAAGCUUGGGAAUAAAAAACAAAGAAAGUUCAAGUUUGCGAA